AUGAAUUUCGUGUGGUUUGCACUGCUGGCCACGGCUCUGGCCGACAACGCCAACAACAACAACAACAACAACAACAAUAACAACAACAACAACGCCCAGCAGACGCAGCAGACCGCGUCGGCGUCGGCCGCGUCGACGUCGGUGUCCUCGUCGCAGGUGUACUCGGACGAGUACGGAGUUCUGCAGUUCCAGAACUUUGGGUUCGAGGGCUACUUCUACAACGUGAAGAGCAUCGACUCGAGCUCGAACGAUUCGUGCACGUGCGAGAUCAACACAGACAAGCCGGUCAGUUUCGAGGGCGCGAUCUCGCCGCUCAACAACGAGGUCUCGGUGCACAUCAGGGGCCCGAUAAACCUGCAGAAGUUCGGCUACUACGUCGCCGACGACUACACGUCGGGCCAGACCAACGGCUCGUGGUCGCGGCUCGCGUACUACGACUCCGACGACCUCACCGCAGACAACGUGACGUUCCUCGGCAACGUGGGCGAGAAUGUCACGUGCCUCGGAAAAGCGCUGGACUACGUCGACUCCGACGGCGUGUCGGCCGCGAGCGAGAGCACCGUGCUGGCCAACGUGACGCUGCACUCCGACGAGGAGCUGAUCAUCAUGUCGAACGUGUCGUGCGGCGACUCCGGGUUCAGCAAGGACUGCGGCGUUUAUAGAGACGGCGUCCCGGCGUACCACGGCUACUACGGCACCACCAAGAUGUUUUUGUUCCAGUUCCUGGCGCCUGAGGAGGACACCGUGAGCGAGGACACCGCGUCGUACAACAUGCCGGCCAUCUGGCUGCUCAACGCGCACAUCCCGCGCACCGCGCAGUACCCGACCAACGCCAACUGCUCGUGCUGGAGCUCUGGCUGCGGCGAGUUCGACAUCUUCGAGGUCCUCAACACCACCGAGGCCCUGCACUUCUACUCAACGAUCCACGACUACCAGGGCACCGGCGACAUCGAGACAGGGCUGGCCAACGAGGGCUAUCUGGAGCGCACGCCCGACGCUGUCAUGAUGGGCGGUGUUGUGUUUGGCAGCGACGGCACGGCCACGGUGUUCCUGUCGAACUCCACCAGUUUCGACGAGACCAUCAGCAACUCCGACCUCAACGACUGGAUCUCGGACGUGGAGAAGGCCGAGUCCGAGCACACCAUGACGCUGUCCUCGGUGACCAACACCGUGAACGGGGCCGCCUCGCUGGAGAAUAGCUGGUGGACCCUUGGCCUGCUGGCCUUUAUGUGUGUACUAUAG